UACAAAGUCUGCUGCCGAGUGAAGCGAUGUUUGUAACGGUGAUUUUAACGGGAGGAGGCUACGGUAGAUAAGUUAUAUGAAAACAGAAGUGCAUUUUAUUAGGCCUUCAUUGAACCUCAGUGUGUGAUAUAUGGAAAUCGUUGUUUUAAGCUAAGCUGUACAUCCGAGGACGACAACGCCGUUUGUUUAUAUUCAUGGGCAAAUGAAUAAUAAGUGUAGCGACAUUCGUGCUCCGUGCUCCUGGAUGGAGAUGCAUCAGUUCAUUGGUGACCUUAUCACAUCUGGAAACUCCUUGAAGGAUCAACCAGAUGUGCUUACCACAGCAUGGGGCGUUGCUGCUGCAACUGCUGGUGGAGGUGGAGGUGAGGGUCUGCGGUUCAAAGAUGCUUCACUUGUACCUCCACAACAACCUCCAUCUGCCCGGGACAAGUCAGAAUCAGAGCCCAGCAGACAGCUCCAGUCUGGGGCAUCACAGAGGAAGAUAGAGCCGGCCAAAGACAGAAGAGAAGAUGUGCGUAACACAUGCAACUGUCCUGGCUGCCCUUACUCCACUUCUCCUUCUUCCUCUGAUACUUUAAAACCUGGACAAUCCAUGUCCUCACCCCCACGCUCUAAUGCAGUAUGCCCCCCCAAAGACCUCCGCAGGACUGCUCCAAUGAGCCUCAGCAGUGAACCCAGCAGCACCACACCUGAUCUGGAGACCAGGGGGUCCAGCCGGCCACAGGCGGUGGGGGCAGACACUCACAGCCCAGACCAGACUCCUCCUUCCAGAGGGUCUUUGGGCCCCGUGUCCCACCCCUCCUUGUUUCCCUGCUUGUGUUGCCAUCGCCCGCAAACCUGUACCCACAUACUGAGCCACCAGGAAGGCACUGACUCCCGUUUUCCUCACAGCUAUCAUCCCAUUCAUAUUACAUCUUGUUUACCUUGCCCUCAGCUCUCCGGCCCCUUCCCCUGCUUGCCUUGCCAGUGCUCUUCCCCCCCCUGCCCCCACCAGCACAGACAAACACACACUCAGCAACAAGAAGAAAUAGGACGGGCGCCUACAAGCAUGUUGUCGCUGCAUCCCUGCAUGCACUGCUCUGCCUCUUUCUCCAGACCGUCCCAGUUGCUGCAGCACCAGCGCUCUGACCACGCCCACAAACAAUCCGGUUUCCUCUGCACAGAGUGUGGCAGAGCCUUCAACUCCCACAGCAAUCUCCGCAUCCACCUCAACGUGCACACGGGCGCCCGGCCAUACUCCUGCUCGGACUGCGGGAAGAGUUUUAGCCAGUCGGGGGCUCUGAAGAUCCACAGGCGGAUUCACACAGGCGAAAGGCCGUAUUCCUGUGGGUUUUGUAGCAGGGGGUUUCCCCAUCUUGCAGGGUUCCGGGCCCAUCAGAGGACACACACAGGAGAGAAGCCUUACUGCUGUAGCCAGUGCGGGAAAUGUUUCACCCAGUCAGGAGCUCUUAAGACCCAUAUGCGCAUCCACACAGGGGAGAGACCCUUCAUCUGCAGCUUCUGUGGCAAAGGCUUCUCCAACCGCUCCGGGAUCCGCUUCCACCACCGCACAGUCCACGGGCUGGCCCCCCAACACGGAGGAGCUGGAGAUGUAGAUCGAGGUCCAGCAGGUCGCAGUUGUCAACCUGGGCGCCCCAGGACUUUUCCUGGGCUAAAUACACCCAACAGUCUGAAUACAAACUCACAAACAAAUCCCAUUGAAUGUCCUGUUUCUGCCGCUGCUCAUCCUGGUAAUGAGAGCAAAUCUCAGUCAGGGGAAACAAUCCCAGGCACCACUAGAGGGGGGCUUCUGUACACAUGUGAAGACUGUGGCCUGCGCUUUAAGGACGCCCCGUCCAGGAACAGACACCAGACUCUAAUGCAUUACUCCUCUGAAGGGAGGGAGGAGGAGGGACGGGGGGUAGAGAUGAGCACAAACAAGAGGUUCCCUAACAGUGGUACAUUACAACAGGCGAACAACAUCCAACCAUUAGAGUAAAUAGUUCUUAAAAACAAGUGUUGGAUUUAUGUUUGCGAUAUAGUUAAGUAUCGCACUUUUACAUUUGAAAAGUCUUUGUUAUAUAUAGCACUACAUCUCUUUUUCAGACCUAAAUUAAGAUGUUUAAUUUCAUUUGUAAAACCAAAACUGAUUGAAUCAAAUAUUUUGUAGAUCUUAAAUUCAGAAGUUCAAUUAUCUUGUUCGAACCUUAAACCGUUGGAUCCCAUUGGAGGUAUCCAGCUGCUUGUUUCAUGUCUAUUUUUAAAAUAACCUUGAUACUGUAAUCACACACCAGGUCAACUACGGAAAUGUUUUUCCCCUUAACACAGUUUUAUUUGUAUUGUGCCUUAUUCAGCAGUGGUAGAGGUAAGCCAAUUCAUUACUAAAUGUGACAGCGCAAAACAUGUAAAAGAAUUUCAAAAGAAUUAUAUAACAUAGGAGGUUCUUUUAUUUACAUUUUCACAUAUAAUGGCGAACUUCCACGCUCCCCUUACCCUUAUUAUAUAAAAACCCUUUGGAUAGGAAUAAGGACACAUUUCUAUCUUCUUCUUUUUCACUAAGAGUGCACAACAGCGUUGACAUAUCGGUUUAUUUAAAUGUUCCUGAGUAAUUCUAUCUGUUUAAGGCCUUUGUUUUCCUUUGAACACAUCUUGGCAUCAUGGCGUAGACAAUGAAAGCAGGAAGCACAGAGUUAAGUCAGAUGAAAUUACUGUAGUGACAAAAAACAAGGCCACAUAUUGGAACUGUUUAUGUUAAGGUUGUGUGUCUUGCAUAAGGACACAGGGUUGUUGUGCCUUUCUGUGUUAUACUAAAAGCAUUUAUUUAAAAAAAGAAUAUGUUUGUUACUAUUUAUUUUUAUAAAUGGAGGACAAAUAUCUGAGGAGUGAGAAAAGGUGGAUGAGUAAAACAACUCAUUACUGUUUAAAGCUCAAGGGAGCCCUCUAGUGGUUAUUCUUCAUCAUAGCAACAAUAUGAACCACUGUUAGUGUUCCAUUUACAGUGCUUCUUAAAUGUUGUUUCUUUUGCAAAACAUGUACAAAUCAUACAUUGUGAAUACAAUGUUUAGUGAGAACAAGUAACAUAAUCAAUUCACUCUGUUUGCAUGAACCUGUUGAACACACUGAGGCAGACAUUGCUGUAUGUGUUUUCUGAAAGUGCAGCUUGUGAUUAAACAUUUCAAUAUCUCUGAGUGCGACGCCACUGAGCCUGCGUUUUCUUUGUGCAUCACGGUAUACUUCCGCAACAUACUUCCAGGAAGGAAAUAUUUGUUUGCAUAUGGUUCUCAGAUCUUUGUGCACCCUUGUAUGUGCAUUGUGCUCCUAAGUGACUUUCCAGCUCCGGAUACAUCCCUCACAGGAAGUUCAGCUCUGUCAGCAUGAGUUCUCUCUGGACAACACUGUCCAUCUUAGUGUCCACUCCAGAUCACGGUUUAGCUCAGAAGAGUCUUUUUUCUUCCAUGUCUGAGCUCACAAAGGCUCUUCAUAUGUGGGCUUCUGUAGUAAAGUGUCACAUGACUUUGGCUCAGCGUACACCACACUGACGGGCCGGGGGCCGUUGGCAUGCAGGGCCGGAGUGCAGUAGCCGUUGGACAGCACCCUGUGUGAGGGGCAGUCGUACUGAGAGCGGCAGGGGGACGUCCUGGUGCUGGGUGCUGGUGUGAGAGGUGUGUGUGUAUGGCUGUGAGCCAGAAGGCUGCACUCGGUGAUCUGCUCACUGAACGGGGUGGCGUACUCUGGCUCUGGGGGAAGGGGCUCGGUGUACUCCGGCAGGUUGACAGGAGUGUCAUAAUGGUUGAAGGCGAAGGGCGUGGUGUAGCCUUCGUCUGAGGAGGGUCUGAAUGUAGACCCGAUCUUCAGUCCAAUAGCAGCAACAGCAGGCUCUGCAUAGUCUGGAUGGAUAUAAAAGGAUAUUUUAAUUUCUAUUAAUUUGGGAUGCGACAAACAUUGUCAUGGGGAACAUCAGAAACAUAAAAAACGGUAUCAGUGUAUAUUGGAGAGCUGUGGAUGUUGUUACUGUUGGACAGAACUUAGCUAGCUGUUAGCCCCUGUUUCCAUUCUUUGAGCUAAGCUAAGCUACUGGCUGCAUCCUUGUGUGAAUAUAAAACAGGAAGAUAUUAGAGUGGAAUCAAUAGUCUUAUCUAACUGUACAUAAAAGCUAAAGUUUGUCUAAAUCACUGAAAUGGAGACAAAUGUAUCCAAUAUUUUAAUCUUUGUUUUAUACAUUUUUUACUUCG